AAGGAAAACUUAGCAAUGCUCACCACCACUAACCUAAACUAACGACGUCGUCUUGAGCUGGCAAGCGUUCUUCUUCAGCUCGCGUUCGUUCUGGUUCUGGUUCUGGUUCUGGUUCAGUUCAGGUCGCUAAAGCUCUUCUUCUCCCCAUAUUAGCUGAAGGCUGAAAGCUCAGGGGAUACCAUUUCCAAGGGAAGCCAACAAACCAGUCCCUUCCUAGAUCUCCAAUCAAAUCCUACAAUUAAAAAGUAUGGAUUCCGAUACACCUGAUUCCCAAACCGUAACCACCGAAACACCUGAUACCCAAACCGUAACCACCGAAACACCUGAUUCCCAAACCAUAACCACCGACACACCUGAUCCCCAAACCGUAACCACCGACACACCUGAUCCCCAAACCGUAACGACUGACCUGGAAACCCUAACCCUCUCCACCGAUCCAUUGACGGACCAGUUCGGCUCCCUCAACGACGUGGCCCAUGAGCUCGCCUCCCUCCAGGACCUUGCCACGCGCGGCUCAUGGCGCUCCAUCCUCGACAAGGUGGCCCGGGCUCGAGCCCAAUCUCUCCUCCACAAACCCCAUGACCACCUCGUUUAUUUCACCUACAAUGUGCUUGCUUUGACUAAACUACGCAGGUUCCCCGAAGCCGCUGCCGAGAUCGAUUCCUUAGAGGACCUCGACAGCUCUCGCUACCAGUACGAGUCGUAUCCAAAAGUGUACCCAAACCGGGUUGGGUCCAUGGUACCCUUCUCCCUCCGGUGGCUUUAUGCCUUAAUGCCCAUCAAGUUGGGCCAGCGACAAGAUGGUCUGGACCGGCUCUACUGCUUGUUAGAUUUUGUACGGAGCAAAAUAAAAGAAAAACAAAAUAAUGGGAGUGUCUCUGUGUGGAAGAGAAGGGAGGUGUUUGUAAUGAAUGGUAUAAUUGGGGUCCAUUUGAGCAACAAGGAGGUAUCUGUGUGCUUGAGCUUGAUCAAUGACUUGCUUAACCAUGAUUACACGGAUCCAGUUUUGGUGUCGAAACUAGGGUACAUUCAGAUGCAAAUGGGAGACUUAGAAGGAGCUAAGAGCUCCUUCAACGUGGUCCAAGGAUUGGUGGAGAAUGAGGGUGAUGCGAGCAACGAGUUUAAGAACAUAGUAAGUAGGAACAAGGCCUUGGUGUACAUGGUGGGGAAGGACUAUGUGUCCGCAGUGAGGGAGUAUGAGGAGUGCAUUGAGAGGGAGCAUAACGACAUCGUGGCCAUCAACAAUAAGGCACUUUGCUUGAUGUACUUGCGGGACCUGUCAGAUUCGAUCAAAGUGUUGGAGAAUGCCCUGGAAAGAGUGCCUACGGUGGCAUUGAAUGAGACCGUUGUGGUGAAUUUGUGUAGUAUGUACGAGUUGGCUUACGUUAAUCAUUCUGAUAUUAAGAGGACACUGAAUAGCUGGAUUGCCAGGGUUGCUCCUGAUGAUUUUGAUUCAUCAUCUACAAGGAUUUGAUUAUAUAGGGCACCAAAACUGUUAGGAGGAGAUCCUAUGGACAUGGUAAUGGAGCCUUGACAUUUAUGUGAAAUUACUGUUGCUCAUCUUUGGGCUAGGCAGAUGCUUGUUGCUUCGAACCAAAUCCAGAAUACCAUGCGAGCUCUGUAACAUUGUUCCCAAAAUUCAUCCUCCACCUGCAGAUUUCGUUAUACUAGUUGGACUGCAGAACUAAAUGUUUGAUUUGAUAAAUUGACUGAAGAAUUGUCAGUUUCUUUAUUCAUUUGAAAUGAUUCAAAUUUCUGCCCUAAUUUUUGUUGACUUCUGUAGACAUAAUUAACAGCAACUGAGGGGCCCAUUGUAUCUAUUCUGGUUUUGCCUAAUUCUAGAAUUGUAGCAU